AUUUAAUCAAGUAGUGGUAUAUGAACUGGAGGAAGGGAGUUCUGGUGAAUAUCGAAAGAUGGCGAUUGGUUCUGCACAUUGGAGGAGUCUUUCGCUUUAUGCACUCCUUUUGAUGGUCUUGAUUUCUCGUUGUAUUGAUGGCAAAAAGGACAUGAAUCAACAGCUAGUUGACGAAUUUGAUCGCAAGCAUGACGGUGAUGAUCAUCAAAAUAUUGAUUAUGUCGAAAGAUUAAGAAUGAAAGGAGCAGAACAUAUGAAUCUUCAUGCUCAUAAUAUCAAUCCAUCAUCCUCACUUUUCUUCAAUCUGAACGACCUUGAAGUGGGAAAAACAAUACCCUUCCAUUUUUCAAAAAAACUCACGUCAAGUUCCCAUUUUUUACCAAGAGAUGAAGCUGAUUCAAUUCCUUUUUCUUUAAAACAACUCCCUAGCCUUGUCAAGUUGUUCUCUUCCCCUCAAGGAUCUAAACAAGCCAAAGCCAUGGAAGACACACUCCGAGCCUGCGAGUGUCCUCCUAUCAAGGGAGAGACCAAAUUUUGUGCCACUUCCUUGGAAUCCAUGCUUGAUUUCGCACUCCGUAUCUUCAAGUUGGACAACUCUGGUGAUCAUGAAAAUCACCCCACUCCUCUAACAUCCAGCUUUCACAGUGCAACUAGUUACAGUGAAACCAGUACUACUAGUUUCCAAAAUUACACCAUUAUGGAAAUGCCUAGAGAGGUUUUAACCUCUAAGAUGAUAGGAUGCCACACCAUGCCUUACCCUUAUAUCGUCUUCCAUUGCCACACCCAGGAAGGGGGAAGCAAGGUGUACAAGAUUUUAUUUCGCGGCGAAAAUGGAGACGUACUUGAUGCUGUUGCGGCUUGUCAUCUGGACACCUCGGACUGGGACCCAAAUCAUGUAUCCUUCCGCGUGCUUGGGAUUGAGCCUGGAAAUCCUGUGUGCCAUAUCUUCCCUCCGCAUGGUAAUCUCUUAUGGGUUCAUCACACACCUACGACGACUUCCGGUUAACUAAUAUGUGUUGGUGUAUUCACUUGUACGUCAAUAUGCUUUUGAAUUAAAUUAAUAAUCCUAGUGUAUGUAUGUAAAAGCAGUUGAUUUGAAUGAAAAAAAUAAUAAUAAUAAGUUCUUAUUAA